AUUUGGAAAGAUAGUUGUGGAGGGAGAAGAGGAGUCGCUUGAGCAGCUGACGACUGCAUUUUAUCGAAGGAUUGCAAACCAUACUGUUCUGGUUGAGAAUUGCAAUUGCAAUGAGGAACAUGAAUAUUUUGAUUGCCCUGUGUGUGGCUGUGGGGUCAUUUCCUUGCCUAUUGGGAAAGCCGAAAACAUCGGAGAUUGGGUCGGAUUUGGGGAUGAAGAUUUUCAAUCAGGUUGCUACGUCCCAACCAACAGAAAACAUUGUCAUGUCUCCACAUGGAAUAGUAUCAUUGCUUUGGAUACUGCAAUUCGGAGCUGAUGGAAUAACAAAAAAGGAAUUGAACGAUGUUUUGAAAUACAGCCGACUUGGUACUUAUACACGGCUCAAAAAUGUACAUAAGUCAUUAACUGCAGGCAAAAGUAAGAAUGUCGUUGCUUUUGCUAAUGGAAUAUUUGUACCACGUGACCUUGUAUUAAAAAAAGACUUUAUUAAGCAGUGUUCUGAAACUUAUCAAACUGAGCCGACAAAUGUGAAUUAUGCUGAACCUGAAGCAGCUGCUUCGAUAAUCAACAAAUGGGCUGGUUCUCAUACUAAAGGUAUGAUCACAGAGAUAAUUUCCCCAGACAUUCUGAAUGAAGCUACCAAGCUUGUAGUCACCAGCGCGAUAUAUUUUAAGGGUGCGUGGAAAUCUCAAUUUGACGUAGCAAAGACACACGAAGGGGAUUUCACUGGAGCCGAUGGAGAUGUGUCUCAAGUUCCUAUGAUGGUCCAAACUUCAAAAUUCAUGUUUGGUAUGGCCAGUACGCCUAAUAAAGUGGAAUAUAAUGUUCUCCAGCUACCAUACAAUGAGGCAGUCAGUAUGUUUAUUAUCCUUCCAGUGGACAGUAGCACCGCACUCACUGAAAUAAUUCCUCACAUCAAUAUAAAUAGUAUAAAUGCGUGGAAGAAAAUCUUGAAGAGUAAUAAACUUGACAUUUCUAUACCUAGAUUCACUGCUGAGUCAGAGACGAACUUGGAGGAACUACUUGCACCUCUUGGAAUCACAAAUAUAUUUGAUAAAAACACAGCAAAUUUCAAAAAGCUCUCUAAGUUUCGUGGUCUGUAUGUUUCCCAAAUCCUGCAAAAGGCUAAAAUUGAAGUAAACGAGGAGGGUACGAAGGCCUCUGCAAUGACAGCUGCACUGCUUAAGCUUAAGUCGCGCUCUACUCAAUUUGCAGUAAAUAGACCCUUUCUUUAUAUCAUCUGGCACCAAUCUACAGGCACCAUCCUUUUCACUGGACAAGUUGCAAAACCAUAAGAAGGCAAAGUUGAAGGAAAACAAUUUAGAAACUUGGUCAAACAUUCACGGCAGAAAUAUCAAAUUGCUUUUGAGUAGUUUAGUUGUUAAAAGCUAUUUUAUUAUUUAUGACCAGUGAGUUGAAAACUAGUUGAGUAAUAUGUCUAUUUUUGCCUUGCUUACAAUGAUUAAUUGCAAUGCUUCCUAACCAUCCGUAUGCAACUGCUUUAUUUAAUCCAGUACUGUAAUUAUUCAA